GAGCAGCCCACACUUGGGGUUUGACGCUUGCCCCGUAUCUCUGUUGUGCGCAAAUGGCGUGCCCUCCCAGACUCCGUACCUCAUCUCGCCAUGGCCCGCAGGCCCCAGUCCUGUCAUCGUGUCGGCCAUGCAGGUACCGAGUCCAGCCGCAUCAACUCUGCGCGGACUCUCGGACCCGUCGUCUUUCGGACGUCGCAUUGCCGGAUCGCUCCUCCAAGCCUCAAGACAUCCACCCACCCACACUAGCAAAGUCGGAUCCAGGAACCGCGCGCCGUCGUGUUGAUCCCUCCUCAAUGCUCUCACCUCUCACUAACUUCUCACUAACCUUCCUCACUAACCUCCCACCUGCCCAUCUUGUCCGCCGAGAUGUUCCCGUCCCAACUCUAUCCCACGGCUUCACACUGAUGCCACGCCGGGCCCAUAACAAAGGGAUCCCGGCCCAGAAGCCUCGGCCCCGGACACGGCUAGCCACGAUACACAUAAACUACCCCGACCUGAUGCCGAGAUGCCACUGCCAGAUUACGUAGUAACCAAUCCCAACCACAGCGCCGGUGAAACCACCAUUCAGCCAGUGGGCAGACCACGACCGCUAUAAUCGUCCACCGUCGCUCGUCCACCGUUGUCUAUCGGCAGCCCAGUAACCCCGGAAACCCCUCACUCCACCCACCAUUCUUC